AUGGAACCGAAAUACCCUCAGUUUGACGAUAGUGGAUACGAGGGUCGAUGUAAUAGGGAAAAACCACCCUGCAAAUAUUUCCAUCCUCCACAGCAUCUUAAGGAUCAACUAUUAAUAAACGGAAGAAACCACUUAGCCCUUAAAAACGCUCUAAUGCAACAAAUGGGUCUGACACCUGGUCAAGCUUUAGUUCCUGGUCAAGUUCAAGCAGUUGUGGAUGCGCCAAUAGACUGCCUUCCCUUGACCUACUUCCCCCACUUGUCUAUGACACUCGAAGAGCAGUAUGCACUUAUGGCUGCUAACCCCUACCUCACAGGAAUGCCCCAAGUAGGAAGCACGUACAGUCCUUACUUCGCUCCAGGUCCCAUCAUGCCUACGAUAAUGGGUCCAGACCCAACGGGUGUUGGUUCUCCUUUGGGGGUAGUACCCCAAACAGUGGUAGCACAACAGAAGAUGCCUCGUUCUGACAGAUUAGAGGUGUGCCGUGAGUUCCAGCGCGGGGCGUGCAAGCGCGCCGAGUCGGAAUGUCGCUUUGCGCAUCCCGCCGACUCUGUGACUGCCAACGAGGACGGUACUGUCACUGUCUGCAUGGACGCAGUCAAGGGCCGCUGUAACCGCGACCCCUGCCGCUAUUUCCAUCCCCCUCUGCACCUCCAAGCCCAAAUCAAGGCCGCACAGUCGCGGGCUAGCGCGAUGGACAUGAAAUCUGUUGGAUCCUUUUACUACGAAAAUUUUGCCUUUCCAGCUGGAAUGGUACCUUAUAAACGGCCAGCAGCAGAUAAAUCCGGAGUACCGGUUUACCAACCAAACGCAACUACCUACCAACAACUGAUGCAAUUGCAGCAGCCUUUUGUGCCCGUGUCAUGUGAGUAUUCCACCUCCCCUGCUCCUCCUCCCACUUCUUGCGCUUCACCGACAGUUAUUGAGGCCUCCCAAUCUGUUGCUUCCUCUCCCGUAUCUCAGGCUUCACAAAUUCCGCUUCACCAACAUCAACAAAUGCAACACCAACCACAGCUCCCACCCCAGCAGCAACAACCUCCUUUACCACAGGCACCACCACCCCUACCACCACCACAAUCAAAAGAGCCCGAUGUAACUUUAAUAACAACAACGGCUCCAAUGUCUCUACCCAUGUCGCAUCAGCCUCAAAUUCCAGAUCCUGCCACGCUUGCUAAAGAGGUUGCCCAGCAAAACUAUGCUAAAGCUAUUAAACUAGCAGCUGUCAAUCAAAGUCUCGCUGCUUCUCAGUAUACACAUUUAAAUCCGUUAAAUUACACUGGAGUGUCUUUGAACAAGCAGGCGCUGGCGGCAGUUCAGCAACCCUCAGCAGCAGCUGCUGCUAGUGCCGCUGCCGCAGCUUUUCCGCGUUACACCCAUACGGCAUUACCUUUUCAGUUCAAUGCUACUGCAGUCAAUUUAGGUUUGGCUAAUCCCUACCAAGCAGCGAUAGCGCAACAGAAUAUGCUUAUGAGCCGUCCGCCACCAGUGCAACUGAAUCCUUAUUCAUUCAUGAGACCGCCAUAUACCGCUGCUGCAGGUACCGCUACCCCGCUUUACGCUAAUAGUCUCUUAAGUGCACAAUACCCAGUUACAGUUUCAGCUCCUCCAAUCACCAAUAAUACCGCUCCGCAAACAAAUAUCUCUGUAGCAGCCGCACAGAACAACAAUAACAAUGUUAAUCUUCAACCCUAUAAAAAACUAAAAACAAAUUAAUAUACGAUUUUCGUUUGUUGUUAAGUUACGUUUGUUGGUUUCGUGUAAUAUUUUAUGUCGGUGGACCAUUUUUUUUGCAAAAAUCAUAAAUUUUAAUCUUUUAGAUUGUAACGGUUAAUGUUUUUAUUUUAUCAUGUUUGUGUUACUAUUCGUUUGUUCGGACCGUCGUAUAUCGUAUUCAAGAUAACAAUUUCAAUAGUAGUUUGGAAACUGAGAACGUUUAAUAUAUUUUUUUAAUUGAAAAUAAAUUUAAAAUUAUAUAACUUUAGUCGAUGUGUGUAAUGUUUAACACUAAGUAUAUUUGUAAUUAGGAAUAUUAAACAUUACAGUGCUAAGUUACCAUUGAUAUUAUGGAUUUGUAACAGUCGUGGUAGUACGGGAUCCGACUCUAGAUCUACCUUCACCUAUCUGUUCACCGACAUAGACACAGACAAAUACGUCUUGCAUGUAUUGAUUGCCCAUCAAAUAUGUUCAUAGGUAAUAGCAUUGUUUAUAUAGGGAUAGUUGGUCAACCCAAUAGAAAAAUUUGU